AUUAUAAAUCCAUGUAUUUGCCAUAUAAAUAAACUGACUUGAGUUGGCCCAGCUGACCUGCCAAGGGCGUGGCUGCUAAUGAGUGGCGGUGGGUGAGGUGAGAUAUUAUCACCGUAAUAGAGCAUUUGCAAGUGACGUGUCAAACGACCUUUUCCCUUUUGAUUUUCGUCAUCCAUAUAUAAUACCUAUGGCCCGUGAAAGGAGGAUAGAUAGAUAGAUAGAUAAAGAGAGGAACCACAGAAAGCGGACAGACCGAGGCGACAGCGAGAAUUGAGGAGACGCCAAGGAAGAGAGCGCAUGCAAGCGUUAGGGAGCCCUCCCUCUCCUCGCGCCUCGGCCCCCAACAUCCGGGUUUUUGGCCAAGCUGCUGAGCCUGCUGUUGCCGCUCCUUCUGGUGGCUCUCUGCCUCUCAUUGAAGAAAAAGGCGACGAGGGCGCUGGCGGUAAGGGCUAUUUCCAUAGAGCGGCAGGAGGGGGAUCCAGGCUUGUCUCGUCCUCCCCACUGGUGUUGUGUGUGCGCGUGCGCGCAGUGAAAAUGGCGGCGGUGGUGGGAGGGCGAGCGGGAUCCUUUCGUUCCUCUUCUUCUGCAGGGAUGAGCUCGGGCUACGGGGUUCCCGCCGCCGCCCUCGGCACAACUAACAGCAGCGGUGCAGACACACGCGCCGGAGUGGACGAGGACGAUGGACAGAAUCUCUGGUCCUGUAUUCUCAGCGAGGUAUCCACUCGUUCCCGAUCUAAACUGCCUUCUGGGAAAAACGUCGUGCUGUUGGGUGAAGAUGGAGCAGGUAAAACUAGCUUAAUUGGAAAACUUCAGGGAAUUGAGGAAUACAAGAAAGGAAGAGGAAUGGAAUAUCUAUACCUAAAUGUUCAUGAUGAAGAUAGAGAUGAUCAGACAAGAUGCAACGUAUGGAUUUUGGAUGGUGAUCUGUAUCAUAAAGGCCUGCUCAAAUUUGCAAUAGAAGCCACCUCUCUAAAGAAUACUUUAAUUAUGCUGGUAGUAGAUAUGUCUAAACCAUGGACUGCUUUAGAUUCAUUACAAAAAUGGGCAAGUGUUGUAAGAGAACAUAUUGACAAAUUAAAAAUUCCUCCUGAAGAAAUGAAAGAAAUGGAGCAAAAAGUCGUUAGAGAUUUCCAAGAAUAUACAGAACCAGAAGAUUUUCCAGCUUCUCCACAAAGUAGAAAUACUUCAUCACAAGAAGACAAAGAUGAUAGUGUUAUAUUACCUCUGGGUGCAGAUACACUAACGUGUAACUUAGGCAUUCCUGUCAUAGUAGUUUGUACAAAGUGCGAUGCCAUUAACCUUCUGGAAAAAGAACAUGAUUACAGAGACGAACACUUCGACUUUAUUCAGUCAUAUAUCCGACGAUUUUGCUUACAGUAUGGUGCAGCACUUAUUUACACUUCAGUGAAAGAGAAUAAGAAUAUUGAUUUAGUUUAUAAAUAUAUUGUCCAGAAAUUGUAUGGAUUUCCUUUCAACAUACCUCCUAUUGUUGUGGAAAAAGAUGCAGUAUUUAUUCCUACAGGCUGGGACAAUGAAAAAAAGAUAGGAAUAUUACAUGAGAACUUUCAGAUUUUAAAAGUCAGUGACAACUUUGAAGAUAUUGUUAUAAAGCCACCUAUCAGAAAGUUUGUACAUGAAAAGGAAAUAGUGGCAGAAGAUGAUCAAGUAUUUCUUAUGAAGCAACAGACUCUGUUAGCCAAACAGCCACCUUCUACAACUGGACGGCCAGUGGACACCUCACAAAGGGUUCCUGGAGGAUCACCCAGGACACAAAACAGAUCUGUAACCUCCAAUGUUACCAGUGUUACAUCCAUCCCUGCUGGAUCUAAAAAAAUAGAUCCUAGUAUGAAAGCUGGAGCUACAAGCGAGGGAGUAUUGGCAAACUUCUUCAACAGUUUGCUGAGUAAGAAAACUGGAGCACCUGGGGGACCCAGUAACAUUGGUAGUCCAGGAGGAGUAGGAGGCACUGGAAGUGGUAGCAAUAGUAAUCUGCCGCCAUCUGCAAAGAAGUCAGGGCAAAAGCCUGUUUUGACUGAUGUUCAAGCUGAAUUGGAUAGAAUCUCACAAAAACCAGAUUUGGUUUGUCCAACAACACCUAUGUCCCCCACAGAAGGUGGGGCAUCUUGAAGUCACCAAAUAUAGCCAUUUAUUCAUUUUUAUGGGAUUAUUUAAUUGACUCAGCCUCUUCAUCCAAUGUCUGGAACUGGAAAACUGAAAUACUUUCAGAAAAGGACAAACAGAUGAUGUCUGUUGUAUUGCUGAACAUUGUAAAAUGGAAUUGCAUAGAUAAAAUUAUUACACAAUGUAAUACUAGUAUUCACAAUUCAGUGUGAUAUUCAGAUACGGUUAUUCCUUAAAGUCAGUGCCAUUCUCUAAAUUUGAAGGUGUCCACUUAAUCAUUUGAAAUCAUAAAUCUGCUUGAAGAGUUGGCAAAAUGAUAUGCAAGAAACAUGGGCACUUAAUUUAUAUUGAACUCUCAUUUUAACUUAACUCAGUUUUCCUUUUGGAGAAGGAUCUAAUUUUUUUGGAGAAAAGUUAAUCAACCAUUGUUCUUUAGCACACCAUUAAUAAACUAACUCAAAUGUUAACACUGUUUGGAAUAUGACUUCAGAUUAUGCUGAUCUCAUUUGAAAUCUAACUGCAUUACACUGUUUGAAUUAAGAACUGCAGUAUUGAGGAUUCAUUUCAAAUUAUUGGCAUGGGAACUUUGGGCUUCUAAAUUUCUGAAAAAUAAAUAAAAAGUACAUGUGAACAUUAUUCUCAAAUUAAUAAAAAUAAAAUCCUUAGAUUUGUUCUACA